AUGGGUUAAGUUUAACAGUCCAAAUAACACUUUUUGAAAAAUUGGUAAAAGGUUGAUUCCAGAGAAAGCAGAAUCUUCGGAUGUGAUAUUGAAGUUUACACUAAUCAGAUGGAAGAGGUCGCGGUAGUGCAUAAAGUGUAUUAGAGUGAGAUGCAUUAUUAAAAAGAGUUAAAUAGAUUGGAAUAAUAUUAGUAGAUCAGUUAGAUGCCAGGUUUGAUUCGCUUAUUAGACAUUCAAAAAGAGGAGGAGUCAACUUUGUGUAGUAAUUUAUUCAAAAUCGAUGCUAUCUUUGAAUUUGGAAGUUAACUACCAUCCAAUUUGCCUUGGUAUUAGUUUUUACAAUAGAUCAUUCACACUUUGAUUGAAUUGCAGAAUCGUGAUAGAUUUCAUGGAGAUUUGAGACCUCAAUCCUUUAUGUAUACAAAUCAAGUGAAAUUACUAUUACCAAAUGUUGAUUAAUAUAAUCGAUUUUUGAGUGGUUUUGAGGAAUUCUGUUACCUCUCACCAGAACUCUUCUUUCAGUUAGGAAGGAAGGUGUUCAAACCAGAAUAUAACAAAGAGAAAAGCGAAGUUUUCACAAUUGGAUUGGUCUGUUUGGAACUCAUUUUAUAGGAAUAAAUAUAAUAGAUAUAUGAUUUCUAAGAAUAUCAAAUCAAUUAAGAGAUUCUCAAUGAAAUGUUAUCGAGGGCUAACAAUAAAUUAGUCAGUCGAAUGUUGUCAGUCAGACCAGAAGAUAGACCCAAUUACUUGUAGAUAUACGAGGAAAGCAUAGUAGAGUUGAUGCAAUAAUCAAUAAAUAACAACAACAAGGUCACUAUCCCAAAUACCUAAACUGAUAUAUUGAAUGACCAUGCAAUCGAGAUCCAAUCACGAGUAUUAGUAAGAGAACAGCAAUCAUAGGCACAGUCAUUUAUUAUGCAAUCGAACUAAUAACACCCUUUAUUAUGUUAAUAAUCUUAACAAUUUACACUGUAAUCGUGUAAUUUCAAGGAUCUGAACCCAACCUUAACAUCUAUGCAAUAACACCCAAUGUUCUUUUAAUAGGAGAACUAAUUGCAAAAAUAAUAGUUAAAGUCCAAUUAAGAAAAUGAGGAACCGCAAUCAAUGAAGAAAGUUCAUCCAUUUUUAUCAUAAAAGAAUUCAUAGGCUGCUGUGAAAUUGCAUUCGAAUAAUAGAUCUAUGAAUCAGACUCCCUCACAACAAUUACAAACACAAUAAAAACCACAAAUUCCAGCUAAUUUAUAGACCUUCCAAUCUAGUUAAAGUAGCCAAUAAUAGGCCUUCUAUUCAACACAGGUCCCUUAAUAGGCAAAUUCUCUUUAAUAUUUGACUAUUUCACAAUCUCCGAAUCACAGAUACUCAUAGAAAUCUUAACAAUCUUCAGUUUCUAAACACCAAUCUAUUUAACCGACUGAGUAUGCCUUCCUCCACGAGCAAGUUCAUGUUCCUUACAACCCUGGGUCUGAUUUCCUGGACUCCUCCAGAUAAAAGGAGUAAAUGGAAUUCGUUUCACCCACUCGAAGCAGCCAACGACCAUCAUCCAAAUUAAAGGACAUUUCUAAUAAGAAAGCUAAGACGAUGUAAAAUACUACUACCACUACUUUGGGGAGUACUACUAAUAAUGCGAAUAAAUAAGUAGUUAAUAAGAAACCGUAAUUGUUGAAGAGUCAAAGACCUUAGACCUAAAUGAGAUCUAAAUCACCUAAUGUUAAGAAAGUGCCUUUAAAGAAAUGAGUAGCGUGAUUUAAUUAACAAUAAUUUAAAUAUAAUUUUAAGAUAUUAUUA